AUGGAAUCGUUUCUCAUCAGAAAGAAGCGGAAGCUCAGCCCCGCCGUCGAUAAGACAGGGGAAGAUGACGAGCCAACUGAGAUGAAACUCGCGAUUUUGUCAUCACUUCAUCCAAGCAUCGAACAGGACGCACUUCUUGACGUUCUUUUGGCUCACAAUGGGUCUGUCCCCGACUCUCUUGAGGCCCUGAAAACGCCAAACCCUGUCAAGAAAGCCAGCGGUGUCAUGGGUGCUCAGAGCUCGCUGAGAAAUUUUGCUUUGAAGUCGACAGACAAUGACAAUGACACUGUAUCGUCGUCGAAGAAGAGACUUAUCUCAAAGAAAGGUACUACCCUCCAUCUAUACGACCCAGACGACAUUGCUGAGCACACUCCCUGCUCGGUGAUUCACAAUUUCCUACCGCCGAAAGAAGCGAAUGAUUUAUUACAAGAGCUCUUGGAGGAAGCGAAAACUUUUGAGAAAAAUGUGACUUUUAAACUGUUCGAUAACGUGGUGGCAAGCCCACACACAACGAGCUUUUAUGUCGAGAGCUAUGAUGAAAUACAGAGACAGAAAACGGACUAUCUCUACAACGGAGCCAAACUCACCGACAUUCGCCGCAUCACUCCCCAACUCAUCAAGAUAAAGCCCAAGGUCGCUGAUGCCGUAAAUGAGGAAAUACAGAAGAGGAUCAAGACUCGUUACCCUGGUGGAAAGAAGCUACGGUUUCAAUCCCCCAACCCGUGGGCCCCUAACUCGGCAUUUGUUAAUUGCUAUGACGGGCCCCAGGAGAAUGUCGGAUAUCACAGCGACCAGCUGACCUAUUUGGGUCCCCGCGCUGUCAUCGGCUCGAUAUCCCUCGGUGUGGCACGAGAAUUCCGCGUGCGCCGCAUCAUUCCGAAGGAUGGGGACAACAACCCAGCCGAGGAUGCCGAUGCUGAGGGCCAGAUAUCGAUCCAUCUUCCGCAUAACUCGUUGUUAGUUAUGCAUGCUGAGAUGCAGGAAGAGUGGAAACACAGUAUCACGCCCGCACAAUCGAUCGAUCCACACCCGGUUGCUGGAAACAAGCGCAUCAACAUCACAUACCGCGAUUACAAGGCAAACAUGCAUCCUCGCUACACGCCUAAAUGCGAUUGUAAGAUUCCCUGCGUGCUUCGAGUGGUCCAGAGAAAAAAGGAGAAUCACGGGAAAUACUUUUGGAUGUGCCAUGGCGGCAACGUGCCCGGCAAGGACAGCUGCUCGUUCUUCCAGUGGGCACGCUUUGACGACAACGGCAAUCCUAUUUGGACUCAUUUGCACAAGAAAACAUCAACUUGA